AACCGUGUUGCUUUACAUUUACUAGACAACACUUCACACACAUACAAUAUAGUCCUGUGGACACAUACAAUAAAAUCCUAUAGGGAAAUAGAUUAGUAUAUACACUUUUACACCCAGCAGAGUUGUCCUCAAUAUGAUUGGCGCUAGGAAUACGCGACGAACCUCAGCAUUCAAUCCCAAGUUGGGACAAUCUCGUAGUGUGAGGCGCCCGUGCUUUACGCUAAAGCGUCCGUUCGUCUUUCAGGUGCGCAAGUCCCUUGUGGAGUAUGUGGACGAGAACCUGCUGAAAAUGAGCACGUCGGUGUUCUAUCAGCGCAUUUUCAUAUUGGCCAAGAAUGUGGAGCAAAAGCGGGAAAGUGAGCUGAAGCCAGUGGAGGUCAAGGCCGAAUCGCCAUAUGCGAUGGCAGAUACGACGCGCGCUGCUGAGGGCGUGGCCGAAGAGGAUCAACACUACUCGGAGGUGGCCACGCCGGAUGUACCAAAUGUGACGGACGCGCCGGAGGCGACGGAGGUGCCGCUGGUAAACAAGGACCCUGCUGCUCCUACAGAUGGGGCUCACAUGACAGUUAAAAUUAAAGAAGAAAUUGAAACUGAAGCUGAAACCUUAACCCACACAUUUCGAUUCGAUGAGCAUUUGUAUGGGGAAGAUGAUGAAGAGACAGAAAACACUGAAGCUGAACCAGAAAUAGUGGAACAGCCCAAGGACGUUUUUAAUUAUUUUACCGAAAUGCUACAGGAACUUCACGCAAAAUGUCGCGAAUUGAUCUACUCACACGAUCCCCUGUGCGGACUGGUUCUCUAUAUGAAUGACUACACCAUGAUGAUGCUGGAAAGCUGCGAGGAUAUGAUAGGCAUCUUCUGCGCGAAACUCUUGGAACGUAUUCCUGAAUAUUGGCAAAAUCAUCGAGUCUUCCAUAUUGAAGAUCACAUUAAAAAGCUCUACACUAGGCAACUCGUGUUCAGGCGUAUACCAGCUGCUUUUCUCAACGAGAAGUUUCCGCCUUCGACGCCCACGGACGAAUACCUGAUGGGCAAACAGCAUUUGAUAAUUAAGGAUAAAUUGUUUACCAUAUGCUCUCUGAUCAGCGAGAGUAUGGAGCCAAUCGAUUUUGAUUCGUCCCAGCUAGACUCGUCUCUCCAAACAGAGGGGACUGAGUUUGAUGAAAUGGAGGCUGAAAGCGAAGAGGAUCUUCCGCAACAGAGAAGUCAGCCACUCAGUCAAAUACAACGUCUAACUGUCGCAGGUUCAGAGACGUUGCCAACGGAUAUCUUUCGAAAAUGGCUGCCGGAAAUACAGCGCAUUGAGCUAGUAUUAGCCUCGACACGGUUCUACUAUACGCUGGAGGAGUUUUGUGGUCUCUAUGGCCAGGUGCCGUAUAGACCCGAUGAUGACGGUGCUUUUUGGCCCAUACAGAACAACUAUACACCGGCAAACAUCUACAGGCGUACACAGUUUGACAUUAAUCUGACCUUUGCGGAAUAUGCGGCCGAUAUGAAUCGUCGCUUGCAGGAGGAGCAGGAGAAGCACAAGGCUGAGCAGGAGGCAGCUGCUGAAGCUGAGGCACUCGCCGCUGCGCAGGCGAAGCCACAGGCUCAAAAGGCACAGAAGGCCAAAGUGGAGGAGGAGCCAGAGGAAUAAUAUUUUCAGUUUCGAUAUUAUUAGUUCGUUCAUUCGUUCGUAGCAUGAACUUUCGUUCAGUGUAGAUGUCGACAUUGGAUAUGGAGUAGCUGUUGCUGUGUUAUCUACCGAAACUCGCGUUCGGUUACAAUAUUCUCGCUCUCGUGCACAUGAGUGCAUUCAGUGUAAAGACGGUGGGCGGUUCCACUGAAAGACGGCGAGGUGGCGGUGCGGUGGUUUGGCUGAACUACAGCUGGUGGCUCGUGGUUGGUGGCUGGUGGCUGCGGCUGCGGCUGUAAACGCUGCUUACUUGUUUUGGUUUGCCACUUGAAUGGGUCGACUCUGUUAACAUAAACAUAAAUUUGUGCGCAUCCUUAAGAAGA